AUUAUUCUCCUCCCGGUCUAACGACACCGUUCCUUUAUUCUCCUGUCUGUGUUUGUAGCGCUACAGAAUGCAUCAAUACGCCAGCCAAGACAAGAUUCCUGGCGGGGGUGUUGGGCUAGCGGCCCCCCAGGAUGGCCAAAGUUCUUGUCAGUUCUUCUCAGAUGGCCGGAGGAAGGUGGACUAUGUUCUGGUGUUCUACCAACGCAAACAGAUCUCUGUGAGGGGUGGCGACCGGCUGCACCGUCUCUCCGCCCCUCCACACCCUCCUCAUCGCCUCUCUGUCAUCUCCAAUGGUAGCUCCCCCCUCUCCGGCCCUGUGGGGGGUGUAGGGCAGGGGGGUUUGGGAUGUGCAGUCGGGCAGCGGAGUGCGGGGGACGGGGAGGUGUGUGUGGACCUGGCGGUGGAGGUGGAAUUAGAGGCGGACCCAGCUGAAGGAGAGAUGGUGCUGAUCAGGGAGGAGUUUGAGGCCAGGCUACUGGAGGCGGGGCUUGAGAUGGAGAGAGACACCGAGGUCAGGGUCUACGGGCCCAGCUUCACGAGACUCCAUGUCCCCUGGCAGGUCCUGAGCAGAGAGGCAGAGUUCCUCAAGAUCAAAGUCCCCACUAAGAAGAGCUAUGAUCUGAAGCAGGAGAAUGGGUUCAGUGCCAGCCUCAGUGAGUUCUGGAGGAAGGUGAACCAGCCGUUCCAACCCAACAUCCCCCAGCUAGGCCACAGCACCACCAAGCAGCUCUCACACUGCUUCUCCAGGGACAAACUACACUUAUUUAACAUCACCUCUAAAGACACGUUCUUUGACAACGCAACACGCAGUCGAAUAGUGUACGAGAUCCUGAGACGCACCGCCUGCACACGCACCAGCCAAUCCAUGGGCAUCACCACAUUAAUAGCUAAAGGUGUCUAUGAUUCAGCCUUCCCUCUCCAUGAUGGGGAUUAUAAGGUUGUGGGUCACUCUGAGAGGAAUGACAGACAGCUGCUGCAUGAUGAGUGGGCCAGAUAUGGAGCCUUCUACAAAUACCAACCUGUGGACCUCAUCAGGAAGUACUUUGGGGAGAAGAUCGGUCUGUACUUCGCCUGGCUGGGCGUCUACACUCAGCUGCUCAUACCAGCCUCUAUGGUUGGGAUUAUCGUCUUCUGCUACGGCUGUUACACUGUGGAUAUGGACGUACCCAG